AUGGGCAUCACAAAUAAAAUAAAUGAUGCUCUAGAGGACUCGGUCAUCCUUACUGAUGGUCAGGGAAACCAGAUCUUGGACACAGAGGGAACAAGAGGAUCAGCGUUUUGGAAACAAAAUGCGAGAAAGGUUUGUGCUGUGAAGGAAGGAGAUUUGCAGCAGUUACAAGGAAGCAAAAAGAGGAGACUGAGUCGGCGAGAUGAUAAUGGUCUAGAUGCGGUGUUAGAUACAAUUGAAAAGGUGGUCCUGGCAGCCCAGGGUCUUCAGGAGGUGUCGGCUACAAUUAAGGAGCUGGCAAACCUGGCAAGUUCCAACCGAAGAACAACAGUGUCCUUGACAGAGGCUGAAGCAGCAGCUAUCAGAGAUGCCUUUGCCUGUGUUGUCUGCAAGGGUCCAGUGGUUGAGCCAAUGGUUUCAUCAUGCUGCCAUAGCAUUGUUGGCUGCCAGAGAUGUGUUGAACAAUGGCAGGAAAAUUCUGCAUUUUGCCCAAAAUGCAGAGCAGAUGAUUUUGACAUCAAUACACAAAAACUCACCGGACUGUCAGAUGCACUGGCUGCACUGGGAAACAUACUGUGCCAGUAAAACUGGACAAUAUGUAGUUUUGCUCAUGCUGUUCUGCAUUGUUCAGCUUUUGUUCUCUUGAUAUGUUUUAACAUAUGCAUAAGCACUUUUGACUUUAAAAAAUAUUUGUGCAUCUUCAUAGUGUUAUUUGGGCAAAAUCAUCUUUCAGUGUUGUAAGA